CGGUAGUCCAAGGAGUAACAAGGGAACUCUCUCAGCAGGACCCAUCACUGCUAAUGCAAGAUGCUUCCAACGUCAUAUUUGAUGGCCCUGGCUCUUCUAAUUGGUAGAGCUGUCGGAGAGGGAUGGGAGGACCGGAUUGGAGCAAUGGGGGACAUGGUCCUGGGGGUACCAGAGGGAACUGAAGUACCAUAUCCAAUCUUUCAGUUUAAAUCCGCCCACCCUGAGGUGGUGUCAUAUAGCAUGACGGGCGAGACCAAUGGGAAAAUGGCCAUUUCCAAUGAAGGCUGGCUAUACCUGGUGGAGCCAUUGAAUUGGGCAGAGGAAUCCAUCUACAAUGUACAGCUCGAAGCCCACUCCGACACCGAGAUAGUGGAUGGACCGUGCUCAGUGACCAUAAACGUAAGGGACAUCAACAACCAUGCCCCGGUCUUCUCACAGACAGAAUACCACGGUGAAGUGAUGGAGCGGAGUCGAGCUGGUGAAACUUUUCUGCGGGUUUCUGCGACUGAUCUGGACAACCCUGAUACCCCCAAUGGCAGGCUGAGCUACAGCAUCGUGAACCAAAUCCCAGACCGACUCAAAAAGCCUCUUUUCCAGAUCAACAGCAUAACUGGGGAAAUCUCCAUCACGCCAGACGGAGAGGAGCAUCUGAGAGCCAGAGAAGGUAUUCAGUAUGGAAUGGAAGAGGACCCAGAAGGCAGCGUGGACCACUUGAAGAGAAAAUUUGAUGAAUACUGUCCUCAGAGCAGCAAUGUCCCCUACGAACUGAAUCCUUUCUACACCUGUGUUGAGCGAUCAGCAUCUAUGAGGAUGAACCCAGAGGAUGACCCGGACUACACCCUAAUAGUCAGGGUCCAGGAUCUGGAGGGGGCAUCUGAGAAUGCAUUCAGCGCGAACGCCAAAGCGACCAUUACUGUAAAGCAAAACCUGUGGCGUAGCCCAGGUCCCAUAAGGAUUCGUGAGCACCUGGAGGCUGAAUAUCCAAAGAAAAUUGCUCAGGUUCAGUCGAACAAUCCUGGAGCACUUUACACACUGGGUGAGAAGGAGAGAUUCCCCAAGUUCCCUUUCUCUAUAAAUGAAGGAGGCGAAAUAUUUGUCACCGAGUCUUUGGACAGAGAGGAGAAAGACAUGUAUGUGCUGGUGGUGUUUGCUAAAGAUGGGGAGGGCACUACCUUGGACAGACCCAUGGAAAUCCCGAUCAUUGUGGAAGAUGUCAAUGACAACCCACCAAUGUGUGAGGAGUCGGAGAGGGUGCUUGAGGUUCAAGAAAAUGAGCCACUGGGGAGCCAGAUUGGAGCCAUUGGUGGUUAUGACCUCGAUGAAGAAAAUUCAGUCAACUCUUUGCUCAGCUAUCAGCUUUUGACACAUGAGCCGACCUCUUCCUCUGGCCCAGUGUUCAGAGUUGAUGGACUGAGUGGCAACAUUCAGGUUGCAAGCAUCCUACCCAAGAGGACGGAAAUCCCAGAGUACCACCUCACAGUACAGGUCUCUGACCAGGGAGGAGCAGAAGCAGGUUUAAGCAACACAUGCAAGAUAGUCAUCAAGGUUAUCGAUAUCAAUAACGAGAUCCCAGUGUUUGAGAAAAAUGAUUACGGAUCAGUGGCAACUCCUGAGGACUCACCCCCUGGUACCACUCUACUAACUGUCCUGGCCACGGAUGCUGAUGAUCCUGGGACUGGAAGCUCACAGGUGGAAUACCACAUCACAGACGGGAACCAAGAUGGGAUAUUUUCCAUUGAUGCAGAGGGACACAUCAGAGUCGCUAAGCCCCUCGAUUUUGAAAGCAAAUCCACUUACCGCCUACAAAUCGAUGCCACCAAUCCUGAACCCCUCAUACCAGGAGUGAAAUAUGACUCCAGUUCGACUGCAUUCGUCAGCAUAGAGGUCACCAAUGUUGACGAGCUCCCAGAGUUUGACACGGACAUCUUUGAGGUGAGCGUUCCAGAGAACGCUACAGUUGGAGUGGCUGUCGUCAAAAUGGAUGCCAAGGAUCCAGAGGGUGGAGAAAUCAGAUACAAACUGGAAGGCGAUGAAAAUAACUGGCUGGAGAUCAACGAAGAGACUGGGGAGAUAAAGACGAAAGGCAAAUUGGACCAUGAGGAGGUGGCAGUGAUCAAUGUCAAAGUCACUGCUUACGAGAAGGCAUCACCAGAGAAUGCAGUAGAGAAGGACGUUACUGUCCGGAUCCUGGACGUAAACGACAACGUUCCCAAACUCAAAGAAAAUCAGGGCUUUAUGUGCAAAAAGAAACUCACGCCCGUUUUUAUUUACGCCGAAGACAAGGACAGCCCUCCUUUCGGCAAGCCAUUCACUUUUGUUAUAACCCAGCCCAGGAAGUAUCCCAACUGGCAAAUUGAAGAUGUCGAUGGCACUUCUGCCAAACUGGUUUUGAAAAAAGCACCAGAAGAAGACAAAACAUUCAGUCUGCCCAUAAAUGUCAAAGACUCCGCAGGUGUGGGAGUGUCUCACGCGUUUCAGGUGCGAGUGUGUAACUGUACAGAACUGGGUUACUGCUACAUAGAGCCGGGACGCCAUGGAUUUAAGUAUGACCUGCCCACAACAGUGGGAAUCCUGGGAGGAACUUUAGCCUUCAUCGCUGUGAUUCUGAUCAUCGCUGUACACAGAUCUAAUAAGAACCAGAAGAAACUGGCCAAGGAGACUGAGGACACAGAUGCCAUGUUGUAAAUGCCAGCAUCACAUUUUUAUAUUACAAGUAUGUUGGCAACAGAAUCUCUUCAGGAAAUAUCUAUGUUUUAAUAAAUAAUACAAUUUAUGUAAUAACUGAUUUUACUUACUAGUGUCUAUACAUUUAGAAUCCCACUAAUUGGCCUUUGAAAAGCAGCACGUAACUUAUUUUUCACGAUUUUGUUUAGCUGUCUUAUAGCUAUUUUUGUCUUCAUUCUACAAGACUCUGAGCCCAAGAGUUAACUUUAAAAGGGAAUCAAUUUCCCUAGAUCAACAAUUACACAGAAGUACGAUAUGAAACAAUUCUUAAUUCGAAGGUUCAGAAUAUAGCUAAUCUUAUUAGUGGUGUUAUUCAUUGAAUUAUGUAAUUCAUAGAUAGGUUAUAUUUGUACAUUAAUAAAUGUCCAUAUUGUAGCUGUUCAAAAUAAUCUGUCUGUGUUUUUCCUCAUACUGCUGUUAAUCUUAGAUCAGGCAUGAAUUUGACAGUUUACAAUGUGUUCAUAUUUUUUUUGCUAAUUGUUUGCCCAUGUUAAAUAACCAAAUGGAUGUUCUAUAAACAAACAAAAUGGUCGGCUCUGGCAUUCCUUCAGUGUACUGUACUUCCCUUUUCUUUUCUGUGUAGCUGCACUAGCAACCCAAACACACCCCUUUAUAAAUAUUCACAUUGAUCACAAAAUCACAGCACUCCACGUAAUUUUAAAAUAACGACCAUCUGGUUAGUACUCCAUAUAGACAGGCUGUUAAUUGCCAUAAUUGGUAUUAUGUUGUUUCAGUGUCCCAAUAAUAACACUUGAUUGGUUUAAACAAUGACAAAUAAAAUGGAGAAAUUGCUAACAAAUAUUUGCUGUUCCAAUUUUGAUCUAGGGUACACUACUGUACCUGUAUUGGAAAUGGUAUCACAUUAUGAUAUGAGGUUAUGAUAUGAUAUGAUAUACAUUUAGGGCUUGCACUGCUGGAAGGUGUUACUACAGAAUUACCAAAUACUUAUCCAGAGGAUUUUUUGUUUUCAAUCUCAGACAAGCUAUAGACAGGCUAGCUAUUUGCGCUCAAUAUAUAACAUGCAACUUUAGUUUUGGUAACUAUUAUGAAACCUGACUUUCUUAUGACCAUCAAGCUAGCUAGAUAACUAUGUUAAGACAGCUAAAAUGUAUUCAGCUGGUCAACUGAGUGUAUGUAAUUAAAAACCCAAAACUUUAUAUUUCAUAAAGUUUAUGUACUUAUUUUGGUUGCACAAACCUGUAUGUCAGCUACUUCAAAGAACGUGUGACAAUUAGUGAGCAAAUUACUUUUUCUUAGGUGUGUAUCUUC